UAUCCUCCUUCUCCUCUCUAGUCCUGCACUGUCGGUGCUUUGCACAAAGAUGUGGCUUUCUCUUGGGAUCGUCUUUUCUCUGGGGAUGCUAAUUCCUGGAAAACUCAGCUUGAAAUUGCAGUAUGACAGGGAUCAGGUUUUGCAUAUUGUGCCAGAAACAUUUCAGCAAGUCCAGCAUCUUCAGCUUCUUCACAGUACUUUACUCCUGGAUUUGUGGAAGCCCUUGAUACCUGAAGACAUCACGGCUGGAGAAGACCUGCACAUAAGGGUCCCAGCCCCUCUGGUGCAGGAGGUGAAAGACAGCUUAGGUCAGCAUAUGAUCUCUUACAGGGUCCUAAUACCUGAUGUACAGGAACUUGUGGAUCUGAGCAUGCCAAGGGAGAGGAGCAGCCAUAAACAGGUCCAAGAAGGUUAUGUCUACACCCAAUAUCAUCCAAUGGAAGAGAUUUAUCAAUGGAUGACUCAGAUCCAGAAGAACUACAGUGAGCUGGUCACUCAGAACUUCCUGGGGAUGACAUUUGAGAAUCGACCAAUGUAUUAUCUACAGAUCAGUCAACCAUCAAAUAAACCCAAAAAGAUAAUUUGGAUGGACUGUGGGAUUCAUGCCAGAGAAUGGAUCUCUCCAGCCUUCUGUCAGUGGUUUGUGAAAGAAAUUCUUCAAAAUUACAAAUCUGACCCAAAGAUUAGAAGAUUUCUGCAGCAUUUGGAUCUCUAUGUCUUGCCAGUCCUCAAUAUUGAUGGCUACAUCUAUUCCUGGAAAACAGAUCGUUUGUGGAGGAAAAACCGUUCUCCAUAUAUGAAUGGCACCUGCUAUGGGACAGAUCUGAACCGAAACUUCAAUUCAUCCUGGGGCAGUAUUGGUGUUUCUUUUGACUGCAGCAGUGAUAUCUUCUGUGGCUCUGAACCAGAAUCAGAACCUGAGACAAGAGCUGUGGCUGAGUUUAUCAGAAGGAAGAAGAGUGACAUUGCGUGCUUUUUAACGAUCCACUCCUAUGGACAGCUCAUCCUCAGUCCAUAUGGUUCCACAACUAAACCUCCAAGUAACAAUGAAGAACUGAUGCAAGUUGGAAAGAAAGCAGCUGCUGCACUGACAGGAAAGUAUGGCACCAGCUAUAAAGUAGGACCACCCUCUUUAAUUUUAUACAAUAACUCAGGCUCCUCACGGGACUGGGCCCACAUGAUUGGCAUUCCUCUCUCCUACACGUUUGAACUGCGAGACAACGGUACUUAUGGAUUUCUUCUCCCCGCUGACCAGAUCCAGCCCACAUGUGAGGAGACUAUGUUGGCUGUGACAACUAUCAUAGACUAUGUAUACCAGGAGUACUUGCCAGGUGGGGCUGUGGUUCUGACCUGCAGCAGCCUGGCCCUGAGCCUUUGCCUGAGUAUUGUACUUACAUGGACUGUUUCUUAAAAAUGGCUUAGAGAGCACAGCAAGAGACUCACAUACACCCCAAAGUACAGUGUCCCUUUGAAAAUACAAAAUUACAUGAGCG